AUGCCUCCUCCACUCCCCUCCUCCCACCGGGGAAUGACCAAAAACCCCAUUAAGCCUGCUCGCUACCGCCCCGGAAAGGCUAUCGCAGAGGAGCCCUCAUCUGAGGAGGAGGAAGAGGAAGAAGACGACGAAGAGGAGCGGGAGGUGCGACGAGAACAAGAGCGACGCAGACGAGCCGCAGCACUGCGCCGAGCAAAAGCGCCCAAAGCGAGCUCAUUCCCAGCCUCUGCGAUAGCAGGUCAAAAGGUCGAAGAAGAUGACGACGAGGAAGGAUUCGUCACUGAAGACGAAGAAGAUGACAAGCCCGCACCCGCGCCGACAGCAUUACCGCAUCCUACAACCGACGAUUUAAAACCUACUGUUUCCACAACCGCUCCUGAGAGCGACGCAGAGGAAGAAGAAGAGGAAUCAGAAGAGGAAGAAAGCUCCGAAGAAGAGAGCAGUUCCGAAGAUGAAGCACCGCGCCGCAUGCUCAUCCGACCAACCUUCAUCAAAAAAGACCAGCGCAACACAGCAGCCUCACUAGCCGGGAAGACACAAGCACAAGCCGACGCCGAACGAGCGGCGGAAGCCGAAACGCAACGCGCGGCGCAACGCCAAGAAAAAGCCGACCAACUAAUCCGCGACCAACUGGAGAAAGAAGCGAUAGCCCGCUCAAGCGCGAAUCGCGCCUGGGACUACGACGAGCUCGUUGAAGCCGAAGACGAAGAAGCCAUCGACGACACAGACGGCCUGGACCCGGAAGCCGAGCGGGCAGCAUGGACACUACGUGAACUGAAGCGCGUGCAGCGAUCCCGGGAAGCGAUCGAAGCGAGCGAGAAAGAGCGCGAGGAGAUCGAGCGUCGUCGGAACCUUACCGCUGAAGAACGAGAGCGCGAAGAUAGCGAGUUCAUCGCGCAGCAGAAGGAGGACCGUGAUGCUACGCGCGGACAGACGGGCUUUAUGCAGCGGUAUUUCCACAAGGGUGCUUUCUUCCGUGGAGAUCUUGAGGCCGAGGGUCUGGAUCGUCGGGAGCUUAUGGGUGCGCGCUUUGAGGAUGAUGUCAAUCGUGAUACGUUGCCGCAGUAUAUGCAGGUUCGUGAUAUGACGAAGCUUGGGAAGAAGGGUCGCACGCGUUAUAAGGAUCUUAAGUCUGAGGAUACGGGGAGGUUUGGGGAUGGGUUGGAGAACAGGAGGAGGAGGGAUGGCCCGCCUGGGGAUGUUACGGAUGAGAGGUUUAUGCCUGAUCGUCGGGGUGGUGAUGAUGGGGAUCGUGGACCGACGGGUGCGAAUGCUAGUGUUGUUCGACCCCGGCGCAGGUCCAGGUCGCGUUCGCCGAGGCGGGACAAGCGUGACGAUAGAGACUCUGGUCGUUUUGAGCGCAGUCGGUCUAGGGAGAGGCGGAAACGGAGUCCGUCGCCCUAUGAUGAUCGGGAGAAACGUCGGCGGGUGGACAGUUCAUGA